ACACCAAAAGUAAAACCUGUCGACUCAUCAGAAGAAAAGCAUUGAUUCUCUAUCACCAGGCUCGUGAUUCUAUCACACCCUCAGUGAUUGGACUAUUUAGAUGAAAAACAAAAACCAAACAAAAAUGGCGGGCUAAGCAAUUUUUCAUUCAAAAACAGAGUUUUCUGCUAGCGUCUGUGCGCAAAUGGAGAUCCGAGAGGAGGACACUGUACGGACGAAGAUGGACUCGCUGCGAUUGAUCUCGGACAGAGAGAUACCGAUUCAGCAGCGGAGGAUGGGUACUCUGACGGCAUCGUUUCGGAAGUCCCUAGAAUCGAUCGGGGCCAGGGCACGAGAAACCGUACAAAGUCAAGGAAAGCUGGGGCAGCUUAAAGAUAAGCUGAGAGAGGCGGAGGAUGAGAUGGUAAAAGCACUAGCAGUGAAGACCCGCAAAGAGGCCAUGCGGAUGGCGAAAAUGGAUGCUAUUGCUGCUCAGAAGGCAAGAGUAGACGAACUUAUAAGAAGCGUGCAAGAGCAGAAGGCUAAGAGGGAUCAAUAUGCUGCAGUUAUCUCUCAACAAUAUCUAGCUCUGGCAGUAUCUGAAGAAAGGAGUAACGAAGAAGUUGAAUGUAAAGGUGAAACGCAAGAAGCAAUUUCGUGGUAUAAUAGAGUUCUUGGUUUCCAUGUUGAAGCUGGACAUGGGGUAAAAUUCACUUUCAAGAACAUUAAUUUGAAAAAUCCAAAUGAGGAGUACUCUUUCACCAUUCGCUAUGCAUAUGAUACUUACACGUUGUUAGAUUGUGAUCCACAGUUGAAUGAAACUAAAGAGUUGAUUCACGAGUUGAACAAAACCAAUGGUUUAUUCAAAUUUGUCAGAAUCAUGAGAGAAAAGUUCCAAGAAGCUGUGAUUCAAGGAGUUUCACCUCAAUCAACAAGUCAUCAAGAGUCUUCCAUGUUCUCUACGUCUGCUCCGGUUUUGUCAGUAUCAACUGACUUAAGCGAAUCCCCUGUUGGAAAUAAUGACCAGCAAGUUCAAUACGGAGAAGACAAUAGACCUUCCAAGAAAGUACAUGCCAGAGGGCAGAAUGCUACUGUCUUAUCUUCAGGAUCAGCAUCAUCUCUUCGGCGGUCCCCCCGUUUAAAGAAAUCAUGAGUUCUAUAAAUGGUUGGAUCAUGCAUAUGAUCAUUUCAUUAUACAAGGUGUUACUGUAGGUUAAGAAAUGAAGAUCAACGCUAUUUAUCACCUCAGAAUUUAUUCAACAUUUUCUUGAGGCCCUAACCUGCUCAGCUAGGCAAAAUUCAUGAUUCGGGUUGCUUCAUGAUUGACGUCUAAAGCACCACAAAUGUGCUGUUUAAAAACAGAUGACAGCCUCACCAUGUUAUGUUUCAUGUACAAAUUCGUUUUGGAAUGAAGUUCAGCUCGUAGAAUGUGAGAAUGAUAAUCGCAUAUUUCUGUAGUGUUGUACUUUUUAAAGAAAAUCUAAUUGUCAGAUUUCAACUAUUUCAAA